CGGAACGAGAAGCUCAUGGGGAACAGGUGCGCGCAUGCGCAGUCCCGUAUACGGAGGAACAAUUACGGAAACAUCGAUAUGUCGUGUGUGCCUGUUUUAGCAAUUUUGGGUUCCACGGGAUGUGGAAAAUCCCGUCUAAGCAUCGAAUUGGCGAAAAGAUUUUCUGGUGAAAUUGUUUCAGCUGACAGCAUGCAGCUGUACAAGAACCUUGACAUCAUCACUGCCAAAGUGACGAAAGAAGAAAAAGGAAGUGUGCCGCAUCACAUGCUAGACGUCGUAGACCCUUUGAAUCUUGAUUUCUGCGUAAAGCAAUUCCAGAAAAUGACCCUACCCAUUAUAGACGAUCUGCUGGCCAGGCAAAAGCUACCGAUCAUUGUUGGUGGGACCAAUUAUUACAUUGAGGCUCUUCUAUGGAAGAUACUGGUUAGUGGUCGGAAUACCGAUUCGUCGGAUAAUUCGUGUACGGAAGAGGUCCAUGACGGGAAUGAUGAAGUAGACAAGAUGGAAAAGAUAUCGAUUCGGGACACCGACGAGAGCACUGAAGAACUUCACAAGAGAUUGUGGAAGGUCGACCCGGAGAUGGCUAAGCGGCUGCAUCCGAACAACAGGAGGAAAAUCAUUCGGUCACUGGAAGUGUUUGAAAAUCACGGCGUAACUCUCUCGGAAAUUUUGAGAGUUCAGCGGACUACCAGUGGUUCUGGAUUAGGCGGCCUUCUGAGAUAUCCGAACUCCAUCUUAAUAUGGCUCCAGUGCAAGCAGACAGUCCUCGAGGAGCGGCUGAGCAGCAGGGUCGAUGCCAUGCUGGAGACCGGUCUGAUACAGGAACUGCUUGACUUUCAUCAGAGGUACAACCAGCAACGGAUUGAGAGCAACACGUUACCGGACUACACCAAAGGCAUCUUUCAGACCAUCGGCUUCAAAGAGUUCCACAGUUACUUGAUACUGUCCGAGGAGGAGAAGCAGGAGAAAAAGGGUCAGGAAUUACUGCAGAAAGGGAUCGACGACCUAAAGCUAGUUACCAAAAGAUACGCUAGAACACAAGAGAGAUGGAUCCGCAAUCGUAUGAUUCGCCGCUCGGAUAGACAGGUGCCUCCUAUUUAUAUAUUGGACUGCACUGAUUUGAACGCAUGGAAUAGUUGCGUAUACGAGAAAGCUGUGGCUAUAGUGGAGGCAUCGUUGAGGGGAGAGAAACCCGAGCAAAAGCCUGUGAACGAGUUUGUCAUCGACGUCAAAAAUACAGACAGCAGUAACGAGGAAUGUCGCUAUUGUGAUAUCUGUGAAAAAACAUUAGUUGGUGAACAGUGGGACAUACACCUGAAAGGUAUGAGACAUCAAAGGGCUCUAAAGAGGAAGAAGAAAUUUGCGGAACAACAGAAAAGCAAGAACAUGAAACAGUCAGAACCAGAGGAGUUGAAAAUCGAUGCAGAAAAUCAAAGUUGAUUUUAAUUUCUUUGAUUCUAUCUUAUAAAAUAUAUGUAAAAUAAUAAUGCCCUUCAAGCAUGUAUUUCACUCACAAUGUUCAAAGACUGAUGCUAAUAAUGAAGAUUUUAAAUAUAGAUUAUUUUAUGCAAAGUCUUUUAAGACUAUUACAUUAAUUUUGUC